CACCCCCGCAACCUUUCAACGGGCCAUGAACAUGGCUUUUCAGAAUUUCGUGAGGAAGACUCGUUUGGCGCAGAGUAUCAUCAACUACUGCGUGAUUGUGUACAUGGAUGACAUCUUGGUGUAUUCAAGUUCCUACGAGGGACACGUGCAGCACAUCGAAUGGGAACUGCAUGCGUUACGAGAUGCGGGCUUCAAGGUGACGCUUGAGAAGUGUCAGUUUUUCCUCACCACCAUUUCCUUCCUAGGGCACGUGGUGACAGACAAGGGACUCCAACCGGAGCCGCAAAAGGUGGCAGCUGUCAGGGAUGCGCCGGUGCCUACGACUAUCACGCAAGUUCGCGCGUUUCUGGGCCUAGCCUCGUACUACCGAAGAUUUAUCAAGGGCUUCACGGCAAUUGCGGGACCCCUCACAAAUCUGUUGCGCAAGGAUCAGCCGUUGAUCUGGACGCCGGAGUGUGAUCAAGCGUUUUCCAAACUCAAGGCCGCUCUCAUUUCGGCUCCGGUCCUUAUGUUCUCAUCACUGACAGGCAACCAGAGGCGAUUUCGGCGAUCCUUGCCCAGGUGGGACCAAACGGACUCGAGAGUGACGUGGACGGGCACUAGCGAGCAUCCCAAUUGGAUCGAGAACCCAGAGCUGCUGAUCAUACAGGCCUGGAGGACUAACAUGGAGGGAGAUCUUCUUGGCUUUCUCUUUGGAUCGGUACGGUCGGGUCGCCGCCAACUGAUCGCGCAGGAGCUCAUCGCGCCGAUUGUGCAAUUAGCAGACGAUCUCUCGCCCGACAUCUUCUCGCAAAGUGACGACAGUCCUACUCCAUAUAUUCUCGAGCGAUCGCUGGAUCCGUACCUUCAGUGGACCGCGUGCUUGGAGGAACCCAGGGACGAGGAUACGCUACCAUCGUGGCAGGAGUACCUGAAGCCGUACGAUAUCAUCCCUCACGCCUUUUAUCCGAGGGCGGAGGAAGUGGUGAUCGACGACGACGACGAGGAGGACGAAGGCGAGGAAACAUCGGAGGAAGGAAGCUAUAGCGAACAUAGCGAGGGCGAGCUGAGUGGGGAGGAAGAGGAAGAAGAAGGGACCGGAUCCGAGUGGGAAGCUUUGCCGGAAGAAGCGGCGCGCACGGGUACAGAGGUGGAAGAUCCGGAGGCAGCGCGAAGGCGCGAAGAAAUUGCCACCGGAAAGCGACAACUGGAGUUCGCCAGUGGGGUCAGCCUCGGUAACGACCCGACCAGGGACCCGGAGUCGCCGAAGCCCGAAGAUGGCGACCCUGCAGCCGCCACCUCAAGUACCGCGCGACGGAGACGGAGCCGAUCCUCCUCCUCCUCCAGCCCCACCCGUCCCCCAGUUCGCCUACGUACCGAUGCGGGCGAUAGGCCUUCGUCCUCGCACGCUAUCCCGCCGACACCUUGACUUCCUCACCCUCGAGCAGAUCCGCACUCCCGUCACCUUCCCUCCCCAUCC